AUGAAAUGUUGUAAUGUUCAGGGAUCUGCAGGAGUUCCUGGCUAUCCUGGGCCUGAUGGCAUCCCUGGUCAUCCUGGUGCAGCUGGCGGGCCAGGGGUUCCAGGGGUUGAUGGGUGUAACGGGACUCGAGGAGAGAGAGGUCUCCCUGGGCCAGAAGGCGGCUCUGGGCUCCAGGGGCUCCAGGGAUACCCUGGUCCAAAGGGAGCUCGAGGAGACCUAGCAGUUCAGGUCCUACAAUACCCUGGACUACCUGGAGACCCUGGAUCAGAUGGCCCUAACGGCCGCUCUGGAGAGCAGGGGUACCAAGGCUUCCCCGGCCGUUCAGGGCCCAAUGGACCAGACGGACAAGAUGGUCUGCCGGGACUUCCUGGGUUCAGAGGUCUGCCAGGAGAAAAGGGGAGGUCAUUGCCUGGGCAACAAGGAGAGGAGGGGAACCAGGGCCCCCAGGGUCCUCCGGGGCCCUUUGAGAUCGUUGAGCCGCCCUGGGAGCGCUACAUCAAGGGCAGCAAGGGGGAGGAAGGGGUGAAAGGCCAGUGCGGCCCAAAGGCAGAAGAUGGCGUAGACUCUGAGCCGGGGGAGAAAGGGGAGAUGGGAUCUGUUGGAUUCCCAGGACUAAGGGGUAUCACAGGAAUCCCGGGACUUCCUGGGCUUCAAGGAUGGAAGGGGAUUGUGGGUAGUCCUGGUCUCCCUGGGUUGAUUGGGACUGACGGCUCUAAGGGAUUUAUCGGUGACAUGGGAUUUAAGGGCGCUACAACAUACAUAGAAGUCAACCACACGGGGAACGUGGGAGACCCAGGGGCCCCGGGCCAGCGGGGGCCCGCAGGAGAGAGGGGGUUCAUGGGGAUGCACGGCCCUCGGGGUGCAGCCGGGGAAUCAGUAGCCGGGCCUGCUGGGACUCCGGGUGCGGCAGGACCUCCAGGUACCUGGGGGGAUAAAGGCGAGCCAGGGAAACUGUUAUCCAGCCACCCCGUUGCAGGAGAACCUGGAAAGAAGGGUCCCGAGGGGCCAGAAGGCCCCAAGGGCCAGGAAGGAGCUCCAGGGCGCUACUGUCUAACUGGGCCUCCAGGGGAGACCGGAGAGCAAGGUCAACAGGGACCUCCAGGGGGGAGGGGCUUCCCGGGGAUUAAAGGGAGUGAUGGAGACUGUUCCUGUGGUCCUCCCACUGAGGUCAAAGGAUUGCCAGGUGCAGCAGGAGUGGCUGGGUUGCCAGGGUUACCCGGAUCCCAAGGGCCUCAAGGACCAAGAGGAGACCCUGGUUACCACGGAGACGAGGGUGGAGUGGGUUUCGAGGGACUCUGGGGGUUCCCAGGGGUCAAAGGGGUCAAAGGUCAGAAAGGAGUGCUCUACCUGAUGGACAUAAAAGGCCAGAAGGGGGUGCAAGGAAGCUUGGGGAGCCCCGGUCAGCCUGGCUUCAUGGGGAGGAGAGGGGAAGACGGGCCCCCAGGGGCCCCUGGAGACACCGGCCCUGAGGGCGAUGUUGUAGUUGGCCCUCCAGGGGAGAGGGGCGACCCGGGCCUCCAGGGAGCCAGGGGCCUCCCAGGGGGGCUGGGGGCCGCCGGCCAGGACGUCCUCGGAGCCAUGGGGCGACGCGGGGCCCAUGGAGAACCGGGAUCCCCGGGACCCAGGGGCCAGCCGGGCCCCGCGGGGGUCAGGGGGGUCAUGCUGCCGUGUGUACCCAGUCACCCCGGGCCCCCAGGGGAGAAGGGAGAGACCGGAGACUCAGGGCCCAGGGGCCACAUGGGGCCUGAUGGGCUGAGAGGAGACCCAGGGGACGCGGGCCUCCGAGGACUCCAGGGACCGGUAAAACUGAGUAGUGGGAGUGUUAAUGCAAGCUGUGUUAUCCAGGUGUUCCAGGUGUUCCAGGUGUCCCAGGGCUGCAGGGACCCAGCGGAGAUCCUGCCUUGGGACCCCCGGGACCUCUGGGAUUCCCAGGACAAUCAGGCCCCCAGGGACCCAAGGGAGUGCCUGGUCCCCCUGGACUUGAGGGGCCCGCCGGAGAGUCUGGUUUCCGGGGCUCCAGAGGAGAGGACGGGGCCCCAGGAACAGUGGGGCCCCCCGGCCCUCCGGCUGAAGCGUGCAGCUCAGGAGCGAGAGGGCAGCAGGGCCUGCGUGGCCCCCCUGGACCCAGCGGACCCCCAGGGAUACCGGGGACCAGUGGGCGCUUCGGGCCCCCCCGGUGAGCCUGGGGAGGCAGGAGUCACCGGACAGAGAGGUAUGGCGGGCCCCCCAGGGGGAGAUGGGGCCCCGGGAAUGCAGGGGCACGCUGGGCUUCUUGGGGUCCCGGGCCUCAGAGGUGGGACGGGAGACGACGGCGCUCUGGGCAUCCCUGGCACGGACGGGCUGAAAGGAAAAAAAGGAGGUCGUGGGGCCCCGGGGCCAGAGGGAGCAGUGGUCGCUGUCCCGAUUAGAGGGGAGUACGGCCCUACAGGGGCCCCUGGGCUGGCUGGCUUCACAGGACAACGAGGGAUCAAGGGCCUCCAGGGAAACAGGGGCCUACCAGGGUAUCCAGGCUUUGAUGGGCCCCCAGGAGUAGAGAAAGGCAUCAGAGGGCCUCCAGGGGCCCCUGGGAGACACGGGCCAACAGGAACCCCUGGCUCUCCAGGGCGCAUGGGCUUCAUUGGUUUCCCUGGAGAAGCUGGUGAUCUGGGAGAGCCUGGGUGUACGGGGCCUAGUGGGGUCCCCGGCUUCCCUGGCCACCCCGGUGCUAAAGGUGAGACAGGAGAGUCCGUCAGCACCCCCGGACCCCCUGGUGACCAGGGGCCGAUGGGAGCCAUGGGCCAAUCAGGCCACCCUGGAGGACAGGGAGACCCUGGAGAGACAGGUGAACCAGGGCCCCCAGGAGGCCCGGGCUCUACCGGAGGACCGGGACACCAGGGGCCGGUCGGUCCAGAGGGUGUACCUGGUCCCCAGGGUCCCAGUGGGGGUCCUGGGUGUGAAGGGUUUCCUGGGGAGGACGGUCGCACGGGAGAGAAAGGAGACGACGGAGAGACAGGACUCUUAGGUCCUCCUGGUCCGCUCGGUCUUCACGGUUUGGACGGACUGAAGGGAGUGAAGGGAGACCCUGGAGCUAGAGGUCCAGCCUUGCCUGGGGUCCCGGGUUCUCCAGGCCUUCCAGGUGAUAAGGGACCCAGAGGCAGUCCGGGCGCCUGGGGGCCCUCUCAGCCUGGACGCCCCGGGCCCCGGGGCCAGACUGGCCUCACAGGACCCCCAGGUCUGUGUGGAGCUGCAGGUGUACCAGGAGCAGCCUGUGACAAGCCGAUUGCUGGUUGCUAUGGAGAUACAGGAUACCCAGGACCUGACGGAGACCAAGGUCUACCUGGGGAAGUAGGUCUGCCUGGCUCCAUCCUGAUGGUUGCCGGUGACGACGGGGAGGCGGGGGAGGCUGGCCCCCCAGGGCUGAAGGGAGAGACAGGGAUGGCAGGCGCUGACGGACCUGCGGGGGCUGUAGGCCUACCAGGGGUCAAAGGGGGGCCUGGGGCCCCCGGUGGCAUGGGGCUCCCCGGACACCAGGGCUCUCGAGGGAACUGUGGGCCCCCAGGGUCCGCGGGAGACGCUGGGCCCCCGGGCUCCACAGGUCCCAAAGGGGAGCGAGGCAGAGUGAUCCCUCCUCCCCAAGUCUUCCCAUCCAGGGGUCCCGCAGGUCACCCGGGGGUCCCGGGCCAGACAGGUUCCCCUGGCCCCCCCGGAACCACAGGCCUCAAGGGGCCCCGAGGACCGAAAGGGAAUCCAGGAGCCGACGGGGGCGCAGGAAGAGCCGGGGCCCGGGGCCGGGAUGGGCCCCUGGGGGAGGGAGGAGCCCAGGGGGAGAGAGGAGUGGCGGGAGCUCAGGGUCAAACUGGUCCAGCAGGUAACCCUGGUAACCCUGGACCUAUCACAGCCUUCAGAGCUGGCUUCCUGUUGGUGAUGCACAGCCAAUCAGAAGCCAUCCCCUCGUGUCCUGACGACAUGGCAGCUCUGUGGGUGGGGUUCAGUCUGCUGUACUUGGAGGGCCAGGAGAAAGCUCACGCUCAGGACCUGGGUCAGGCGGGCUCGUGUGUGCGUCUCUUCUCCACCAUGCCCUUCUCCUACUGCAACAUGGGCUCCUGUCACUACGCCAGCCGCAACGACAAGUCCUACUGGCUGUCCACCACCGCCGCCGUGCCCAGCAUGCCCUUUGAGGGCAGUGACAUCAGAGCGCACAUCAGCCGCUGCGUGGUGUGUGAGGCGGCGUCGCCCGCGGUUACCGUGCACAGCCAAGACCCCGCCACCCCAAAGUGCCCUCCGCACUGGAGGAACCUCUGGGUGGGGUACUCCUUCCUCAUGCACACGGGGGCGGGGGACGAGGGCGGCGGCCAGUCGCUGACCUCCUCAGGAAGCUGCCUCCAGGACUUCCGGGCCCAGCCCUACGUGGAGUGCCAGGGCCCCCGAGGGACCUGCCACUACUUCACUAACAUCUACAGCUUCUGGCUGACCAGCACGGCCCCGCGGGCCUCCUCCCCGCCCGCGCAGACGGAGCCGACGGCGCUGCUGCAGCCCUGGCAGCAGAGAGCCACCGCAGGCCGCUGCAGCGUCUGCAUGAAAGACUGACCCCCGGGUC